UGAGGAAGUAGAUAACGUCCUCGGCCAUAGAGUGACGAUAGAACAUCAGUACUUAUUUUAAAAUGGUUAGCUACGUUAGAGGUCCUUCCUACAAGUCCGUUAAGGCUUUCAACAAGAUCAGCGCUCUUAGAGCUUACUCCCCAUUCUUGGCUGUUUGGGGUGCUGCUGCCGGUAUUGCCGUUUUGACUUUCGGCGAACACGUCCCACUUAUUAGAAACACCUUCUUGAGGCACAUUCCAGUCGUCGGUGACCACUACGUCUACAACCCAGAUCCAGAAGACAUCCCAGUGUAAGUGGCUUCUAGGGCUUAUAUGUUCACAUAUGCAGCAUGUCGUUUAAAACUGUAUUUAUUUCUCGUCCCCUUUAAC